AUGCCUACUUUAGCCAAUCUGACACAGACCCUGGAAGAUGUCUUCAAAAAGAUUUUUAUUACUUAUAUGGACAAUUGGCGCAGGAACACGACAGCUGAGCAAGAGGCCCUGCAAACCAAACUUGAUGCUGAGAACUUCUACUAUGUCAUCUUGUACCUCAUGGUGAUGAUCGGAAUGUUCUCUUUCAUCAUUGUAGCCAUCCUGGUGAGCACGGUGAAAUCCAAGCGACGAGAGCACUCCAAUGACCCCUACCACCAGUACAUCGUAGAAGAUUGGCAAGAGAAGUACAAGAGUCAAAUCUUGAAUCUAGAAGAAUCAAAGACCACCAUCCACGAGAACAUGGGUGCAGCAGGGUUCAAAAUGUGUCCUUGAUAAGUGGGAAAGGCAUAAGGCUAACGUCUGAUAUCCGGAUAUGAAGACAUGGCCCUGCCAUGGAGAAAAUCCAAGCUGUCAUUGCUUAGAAGACACUAAGUUCCUUGCUUUCCGUUGAGAAUUUUCAUGGAGAUCAUGUGGCUGCUCCAUUAACACUGAUGACAUUUUAAUCUCAGUGAUUUAUACUUGCUCAUCAGAGCCAUGUUUUAUGCUGAAGACUUCUCUUACUUUCUGGGCAAUACAAAUGUCAUCUGAAUCGAUGUCAGAUUUGACAAAUUUUGUCAAGUUAGUGAAAAUAAAGUCAAAUUUGAAGU